GCGGCGGCUCUAGGCCAGUGUUGUGGUCACGUGGGCGUUUGUAGUUGCUGCGCCCGCGGCUCUACUCCGGCGGGCUCUUUAUCCCACGGCCCGCCCGCUCGCCUUGUGGCACCCGCCCUCCCCCACCCUCGGAGCCGCUGUCGUGCCAUGCCGCUUGUGCGCUAUCGGAAGGUCGUGAUCCUGGGAUAUCGCUCCGUGGGUAAAACAUCCCUUGCACACCAGUUCAUUGAUGGGGAAUUUCUGGAGUGUUAUGAUCCCACGGUGGAAAGCACUUACAACAAAAUGUUGAUGCUGGGGAAAGAUGAAUUCCACCUGCAACUAGUCGAUACUGCAGGGCAGGAUGAAUACACUAUCUUGCCUCACUCUUUUACCAUUGGCAUCCAUGGCUAUGUGCUGGUGUAUUCCGUCACAUCUCUCAAGAGUUUUCAGGUGGUAAAGUCUUUACACAACAAGUUAUAUGAAAGCAGAGGGAAGACAAGGAUGCCUGUAGUGCUUGUUGGCAAUAAAGCUGAUCUGUCACUAGAAAGCCGUCAGGUGAAGACUGACGAAGGCCGGAAGCUUGCCGAUUCCUGGGGUGCCGUCUUCUUGGAAUCUUCAGCAAAAGAAAACCAGAUGACUCAAGGCAUCUUCACAAAGAUCAUUGAGGAAAUCGAUCGUGUGGACAACUCAUAUGGUGAACAGCGCAGCUGCAUCCUGAUGUGACAUCCCUUAUUCCUACCUGAAACCACUCUGCUGGUGGGAGGGUGUGUGUCAUGAGAUUCAGGCCAGCUUGGGACAGGUAUAGCAACUACCUAAAGCCCUGAAGAGCCGGUCUGAAGGAGCUUACGGGUAACCCACACACAAAAACAAUAUACCUCAUUGCUUGUUCCCUAUACAAGACAGCUAUGUUUUGCACAUUAGUUUGCUGGAAGCAAUCUGUAUAUGUAUAUGUGCGUGCGUGUGUGUGUGUGUGUGUAUAUAUAUAUAUAUAUAUAUAUAUAUAUAUAUAUAUAUAUAUAUAUAUAUAUAUGUAUGUAUUGCCAAAUGUUUACAGAACCAGGAGGGUGGGAGCACAACAGGAUCUAUUUAUGUUUUUUGAUGGAAAGACUCUUCUGUAUAUUUAUAACCGUUUAAUCCACAUACGCACAAGUUUACACACACAGGUGUCUGUACACUAUUUGGUGUAAUGGAGAGGCAGCUGAAUGUAAGUCUUCUCUGUGGAAUUAUUAAUUGAGGGCCAGUUCUUUGGUCUAUAGUUCUUCAGCGGCAGCUGAACUGCUGUACCAGAAAUGCAGUGGGUUUUCAGUCAUGCCUCUUGCAACUUGUUGCCUUAUUUUUGGCAGGGUGAGAUUUCAGACUGCAAUCUGGAUCCUUAGGUGGAUUUUUGUUUUGCUUCCAUUGUAAUGCUGGGAGGCAUGAAGUGGCCAUCACUAAACAAGGCCUCCUAAGAUAUAUAUAUAUAUAUGCGCAAAUAAAAGCGAACUUAUUCUUUAGGGGCCAGAUGGGGGAAAAUGUCAUUAAACCUCUGUGUAUAUUGACCAUUAUUCAGAUGGUAUUGCAUCCACUCUCUAUAUGAAGCAGCAAAAGGUGCCUAGCUUAGUGUAAUAGGAAAACAAAACAUAGAUGGUGUUAUCUAAGCCCUUUUACGUGUUACCGUGUCUUGCUUGUAACUGUUUAUAGCUUUGGAUGGCUCUCUAAAGCAGUUCAAAUACCUUUAUUGAGCAGAUCUCACACUGAUGCGAGAGAUGCAGUGCUAUAAGAGAUCUACUGGAUGGGAAAGUGCUCAUACCUCUUCCAUGACACAUUUGUGUCCUGAGGAAGAAAUGCAAACUGAGAAUGACCCGGCUGGAAGAAAGAGGAGGACUUGCUGGAUGUGUCUCCAUAAAAUACUGCUGGGCAACGCGAUCGUGCUUAAAUGGAGAGAAAAACAAGCUGGAAGGAGAUGGUUCAGUCACUCUAAACUGCUGUUGUGCUACAGUGUUACCCCCUUCUUUCAGUGGGGUAAACAUCUCUUCAGUUUGAUCUCCUUGUGUUUUCUGCAAAGUUGUCCACGUCCAUACCCUGUGGUAUGGAGCUUCCUUUUGCUGGAGUCAGGUGUGAAGUGGCACUCUGGAUGCGGUGGGAUGUUUGUAAUUUUUUUGAAGAAGAUGCUGUUAAAGGGGUUCUAUUCCAUGGCUUCUAAGAAUUUCCUCUCCAAUUGACUGCUUUCUAGUCUGAGCACAACAGUACAGCUGUGGCUAUAUUAAUGGUGCCUUUGUUCUGUUUCUAUAUCUGAUAGAACAAAGCAGGAUGCACUUGAGUGACUAACUUCAUGUGGGCUGGGUACUACAUAAGGUUCUGUUGCUCUGAGCACUGAAGGGACUGCAUAGCCAAGCUGUGUACCAUAACCACCCUGAAAUUCAAGGCAAUACUGCACAGUGCAGACCCUGGAAGUGGCCUCCAUAUUAGGAGUGAGGAACCUGUGGCCCUCCAAAUGUUGUUGGGCUCUUGAUUGCCAUCAGCUCUGGCCAGUAUGGCCAAUGGUCAGGGAAGAUGGGAGUUUAAAGUUAGCCACCCUUACUCUAUACUGAAGCACAAUAUGCUGGGGCCUAGAAUACUUUGGGAAAGUUUGCAUGUUCUAAAACUAUUUUGAUCUCAGCUAUGGUGUUUGGUGCAUAUCCUUUGGUUAUCAUAGUGUCUGUAGUAGAUAAGCCCAAACUCUUUGGGAGCUGCCCUGUUCUUCAGCUACCUCCUGAGACUGCUGAUGAGAUUUGAACCCUGGGCCACUAGCUUGAAGUCCUGAUUACCCAAUAGUACUAUCUUUUGAGUUAAUAUCUGCAGGGGUGUUUUUUAAUGUUGGUGCUUAUUUUUCUUUCUCAGAUGCAAAUUUUCCAGGAGAAAAUCUGACAAGGAAUUAUUUAUCUUUUUAUGGUGCUUAAGAUGCCAGAAAUGCAAGUGUGUUGUCUCUGCCUUUGACAAAGCCACUAGAAUUGUUUGUGUUCCUUGUAGGGCAGGCUCUAAACAGAGUCUGACUUCAUUGAAGGAGACUCAGAAGGUUACAGAGCAUAGCCCGGAAUGUUGUUAAUAUGAAUAGCUGUCCUAUCAAAUGAUGUUGAAUAGUUUAGCAAACGAAACUAUGUGUUUUGAGCAUCACUGUUGAGGUACAGUAUAUCACUUAUCUGAUGAGUUUACAUUUCACAAGGCUAAUCUUUCCACCUGGUGCUCUAACCUAGUAGUCCCUUUGUUAUUUCCCAAAGAGGGCAACAACAUUUUGGGACCUUAAUUCUUUAGCCUUUUAGCUGGAUCUACCAGGGGUUGCUGCUGUUAUUUCUGUACAUGAUUGCUCUGUGCAAUUCCAUGCGGCCAAUUCUCCCCCCCCCCCAAAUUUGUUAUAUGAGACUUAAGUCCCCUCAUUUCAAAUAAGCCCCUUGAAGUUGUUCCUCCAGAUCAAGGGUGUCUUUCUUUUACUGCUAGCUGUGAGAAUGGGAUGUGGGCAACUUUGCCCACAUCUCACCUCUUUACCCCUUUCCUAAGGGGCACAGAUGGGGCCUCUUUUUCUAAGCUGGGGUGGGAAACUUGUGGCCCUCCAGAUGACGCUGGACCACAACUCCCAUAACCGCUUGACAGUUGGCAAUGAUGGCUGGGGCUGCUGGGAGUUGAAGUCCAGCAGCAUAUGGAAGGCUACAGGUCCUGUCCCCCCCAUAUAAGGAAACUGCUGCUGGGUUUCACCCUAUUAAAUGAGGUGGCUAAGCAACACUUUGGCAAAUUAUUGUACUGUGCACUGUUGUGAGGUUGAAUGCAAAAGCAGCAGCUUCCAUGUCUGCUGUCUGUUUAGUGGGAGGAGUGUCAACAACUCCUCCGCUACAAUGUCUCAGCUCUUUGUGCAAUAAACUGGGAAACAUUAACUAGCAAAUUAUCUGCAUGGGUUACAUAUGGGGGAAUGCUGGAAGUGGGAGUGGACUUGUACAAUUUAAUAUUUCUAUGAAGUGUUUUUGCUAGGGGGCAGCAACAUGGAGAUUAAUUCUGAAUUGCAUAGAAAGGCUUGUGGUGGUGAAACCUUGCCUAAAAUGGAAGGAGACAAGAGGCCUAGUUAGCAGGAAAUGCUAACCCAAACCAUUGGAAACAUAUGGGUUCCUGGAGCACAGAGAAUGGCCACAGUGCUCCUCCCCUGGGACUGCUGCUGUGCUACCCAUGGGCAUGCCAUGGUCUGGCUUAGCAUUGCAUCUGAACCCAGACUUGUGGCUAUACACCAGACAAACCUCGAGUGGUAAACCAAGAACAAACCUUGGUUACAGCUCAUGGUUUGUCUUGAGCAAAACAAACUGUUAGCCCAGGUCUGGAUAUAACUAACCCAAACCAUGACUUGGCCUUGGGCAGCGUAGUAGUGGAAGGACUUGCUGAGGAGCACUGCAGCCGUGGUAUUAGCUCUGAGAACCUAUACAUUUGCUAGUUCGUGCUAAGCCAUGGUUUGGCUUCCAUGUGAACUGGCUUGGAGACAGAGCCAGGUGAGCGAGAGAAGGGUCAGGUGAGGAGUCGUCUUGGUUCCACCAUUGGUGGUGUCUGCCCUCUGCCACUGAACUUCCCUUCCAAGAACGUUUGAGCCAGGGGCUGCUCAACAGCAAUGCCAUUGCCUUAAGCUUAGCUUGCGCAAUUUCUCCUGGACAGGGGCGGGGGAAAACUAUGUGAAUGACCUCUGUGAUCUAGUUUGUUUGGAACAUCCAGCUUACAGCUGAGGGGAGAACUCCUCGCUUCUUCUCUUAUGCAAGGCCUGCCAUUACUACUAAAGCAUGAGCUGGAGCAGAAAUGGCCAAGGAGAGUUUUGUGUGUGCGUUUAUAUAGAUUCUGCCAUUUUUAAAAUUGGGGUGGGGGCUACAUGCAUAGAUAUUUACCAGCCCAGACGUUGGCUGCUAGCCUCUGCCAUUUAUAAUGUAUAUAUUUAGGAAGCUUCCCAACCUUCUUUCCCACUCUCUUCCUCCUGCUGGAAUAUAGUAAUGGUGGAAAACAUAGAUCUACUACUGAAUCAAACCCAAAGGCGCUCUCUUCCCAGCUGUGGGCAGCCAGAUGCUUUUAGAAAGCCCAGAAGACUGAAGUGGGUGGGGGGGUUCGGUCCUUCUCUUCUCCCCCACCCCGCCAUUUUCCAGUAGAAAAUCACAGACUGUUGCUGUUUCCCACUGAAGCGGCUGUUCGCUGUUAUGGGUGUUCAAGGUUUUUUUAGCAGGAAAAAUGGCACGGAUAGAAAGCUUUAAAAGCUUCCCCUCCGCAGUAUCACCUCCUCAUCAGGGCUGCCUGCACCUCUCUUAAAAGAGAGAUGCCCCCUGCCUGGGAUUGAAAGAUACAUUUAAAGUAAAGUGUGGCUUCACCUCUCAGUUGCUGGAAAUUGCUCAAGGGCUUUCCUUCACUGCCAUGAGGGCUAGAAACAGAAACUAUGUAUGAAACUUGUUUGUGGGUUCCAUCCUAGCAAGCUGUUCCUGCAUUUUAGUAGCCGUAUGCUGUGUAAUGUGACUGCAUGUGGCCAAACAGGUUGCUGGACAUUUUCCCUGGUUGUUUUUUUUUUAAAAGGCAUGGUGGCCUAGCUGGCCGUUCCCCACUAAUGGUGCAGUGAAGCUCUCUGCCUUGCUGUGGAACAGUGAUGCCUUUUGGGCUUGAUGUAUCUCUCUCAGUAUUUGGCAUGUUCUCUGCUGCUGCCAAGUGCAGAGCUAAUUUGCUACUAAUUGCAUCAAUUAUGUUAUUAGCAACACAGCAGUAAUAUUGUGAUCUUGCCAUCCUCAGUUUUGGACUGAGCUGACUGAAAACAUAAACAGCCUUAAUUCCCCUUGAAAUUAAUCUGGGGCCCCUCCUGACUGCCUGGCCCCUUAAAACCACCAACACAGCUUCAUUCAAAGUGGGGAGGGAUUGCUUCAGUAUGCAGUGCCUUUAGCUGGUGUCCAACAUGCGCACUGGCUAUAUCCAAUGCCAGAGCCUUAACAGCCCACCCAAAAGCAGGAGGCAGGUUAUGCUCCCCUGGGUCCUAGCUGACCCUCUUUCUACCUGCCCUUCUGGGCUAAACAUUGGAUCCCAGCCAUGUAGCCAUCUGCGACCUAUGGAGCAAUAGCGAUGGCUCUUUCCUAGGUUUGGGAGUGAGGAGAGACAGAUUCCUCAAGCCAUGCUGGCAGUGUGGUGCACUUGAAAGUCUUCCCAACAGGGUAUCUAAAAAUGCCACUCCCUACCAUUUCACCAAGAAAUGGAAAGGAGAUGCUUUAGUAACUCACACAGAGAUAGCUGGGCCAUAGCAAAUGAGCUGCAAUCUGGGAUGCAAACGGGACACUGUGAGCAGAGGUUUAGCCCUGCCUCAGUAGUGUGUGACACAUCCCUUUUCUCUGUCUCAUAUCAGUAUAAAGCUGUAAUUCAUCCUUAGGGAGAAAAGUAAGGCAUUGACAAUUUUCAGUGAGGGAGGGGGAUGAACCUACCUGUAAGAGCAAGUAGCUCAGCUUCCUCUGCUAGAAACUCCAUGGUGUGGGGGCAGCCUCCCUCCGCACAAUACCCCGUCUGCGGUAACAUAAAAGUCUAAUUCUGGGUUCUCAAGAAAUGAACUUCAGAGAGUAGUGAUCAGUGCUGAUAUGAGUAGCCAACUUAUACUCCUCAAAAGCUUCUGGACAUACUGUGAGCGGCGCUGGGGCCAAGUAAAAUAAAUAAAUAAAAAAACGGGGCAUCUCCAGGUGAAAUGUUUUGGAAAUUUUGUUAGGGUGCUGGCUUAGAAAGAGACGAUGUAUGUAAUCCAGUGAGAGAGCUUGUAUCUUUGUCAAAUGCCAGUUUAAAACAUUGUUUAGGUGAAGAGGCAGAAGCUGAGUACCUCAGUCAAGCUUUGCCGUGCUGUCAUCCUGGAAACAAGGCUAUUGUCCUCUUUUAACAUCCACCGCACGUUCUAGAACCAAGCAGGUUUCUUUUGACCCUGGUACGCAAUGCAUGCUGGUGUGGAGAGGGGUGCACAUGUGUCCUAGGCCUUCAUAGCAAGCAUACCAUUUUGAAAAGAGGGGCAGCACACGUGUGCCUGACAAAUAUAAUUGGUGCUUCCAGAGGUGAUGGUGGCCCCUCCCCAAACCCCUCAACGUGCUCAUCUGCCUAAGCCCCCAGGUUGAUCUGCCAUUCCUCUCUGUAAAAGUGCUUUGCAGAGAAAUGGACAGAAAAGUGAAGAGGGUGGGACAGAAGCUUGUGUGGUUUCGUAUCUAAGCAUUCAAACUGUUGCUGAAAACAGUAAAAGAAAAGCACAACUUGUUCUGUGGGAGAGAAACUGCAGGAUGGUAUAAUCCUUCUCCCCGGGCCAUUUGUAAAGCGUCAGAGAAUGGAUACGUUAAUUGAUAUAUAUAUGUAUGUGUGUGUAUAUAAGGAACAAUCUCUUGUGUUACUUCGCUUAUUGUUUUUCUUCCCCCUCCCACUGAUCCAACACACACACUCAUUUAUAUGGCAUACAUGCAUACACACGCUUUAAAAUGUAGAGUGAAGGACUUUGCAAAAUGUCAAAUAGGGACAAAUUUUGUGUUGUGAAUAUGUUUUUUCUUACAUAUACAAGUGUUAGAAAGCUAGCAUUGGUAGUGGUACCCUCUUGAGUGUAUUAUAAUGAGAAACCCUCACUUCCCCUCCAUAAGGAGGCCUUGUCUGUCUCCCUCCUCCCCUUGCAGGGAAGCAAGCAGCUGGGGAGAACUAAGCAUGCAAAUGCCAGCACUGGGAAGGGUUAAACAACCAUUUCCCCAGCUCUCAAUUUCCUAUGGCCACUGCUGUUUUUAUUUUAUUUUUAAAUGGACAAAAGAAUCCUGGAAGUUCCUGCUAUUGAAGGAAGAGUACCUCUGAAAAGAUCCUCUGCCUUGAAGUGUCCAGACACUGUACAUUGAAAAAGAAAAAGAACGGUCUUCUAUUUGUUCAAGAUUCUGCCAUUAAUGCUAUGCAUCUCAUGAUUCACAUACUGGAACUAUCUACUAAUAUCAUGUUUCUCUUCAGUAUUUAUUGUUUAAACCAUUAUGUAAUUACAACAAUUAUACUAUAAAUAAAACAAAAUAGAAA